CCGGAGGAGGGGGCUUCCCCGGAGGAUGCCCGGCGGCGGCUCCCCGCUCCCAGGCGCGAGCUGAGCCGGACCGGGAGCGGGCGGCGCGUCGCCAUGCCGGCGUGACGGGCGCCCCCGGCUGCCCGCGCGGGCCCCCGCGCUGCCCCACGCCGCGCCGCGCCGGCGCCGGGCGGCAGGAUGGGCUGUAUCCAAAGCAUCACCUGCAAGGCGCGGAUCCGGCGCGAGAACAUCGUGGUGUACGAUGUGUGCGCCACCAUCGACCAGUGCCCCACGCGCAUCGAGGAGACCUCGCCCAUCGUCCUGCGCUACAAGACCCCCUACUUCAAAGCCUCGGCCCGCGUGGUCAUGCCCCCCAUCCCCCGCCACGAGACCUGGGUGGUGGGCUGGAUCCAGGCGUGCAACCAGAUGGAGUUCUUCAACACCUACAGCGACCUGGGCAUGUCAAGCUGGGAACUACCUGACUUGAGGGAAGGGAGAGUAAAAGCCAUCAGUGACUCAGAUGGGGUGAGCUACCCUUGGUACGGGAACACCACAGAAACUGUGACCCUGGUUGGUCCCACCAACAAGAUCUCCAGGUUCUCCGUCAGCAUGAAUGACAACUUCUACCCAAGUGUGACGUGGGCAGUGCCAGUGAGUGACAGCAAUGUGCCACUGCUCACAAGGAUCAAGAGGGACCAAAGUUUCACUACCUGGCUGGUGGCCAUGAACACCACCACGAAGGAGAAGAUCAUUCUGCAGACCAUCAAGUGGAGGAUGAGGGUGGACAUUGAGGUGGACCCUCUUCAGCUCUUGGGGCAACGGGCCCGGCUAGUGGGCAGGACUCAGCAGGAGCAGCCCCGGAUCCUGAGCCGGAUGGAGCCCAUCCCCCCUAAUGCACUAGUGAAACCCAAUGCCAACGAUGCCCAGGUCCUCAUGUGGAGACCCAAACGAGGGCCACCUCUGGUUGUGAUCCCUCCUAAGUAGAAGCAGACUGGCCUGACUGUGUGUGGAGCACAUGACGCUGAGACACGCAGUGAGGCUGCCAGGGGUGGCAGGAGCCAAACUGAGUUUCUGAGCCAAAGCAGACCUCUCGGUUUGCCAGCCUUUGCAGCCACUUGUGAAGAGUAGGGCUGCUUCUUGGGUGGUAGAACCAUAAUCCUUAGGAAAAUUCCCUUCCUUUUAGGAAUAAAGAAAUCGCUGAUUUGACAGACUUGCUGUGAUUACCAUGCAAGUAGCCAUAUUUUGGAGCUGACCAGGAUGAUUCUUUUAUCUGAACUAUUGACCAUUGCUUUCCUGCGAGAUGCAGGGGAUGGAAACAAAAUUAAACAGUGCCUGUGGCAAAUGCUGCUUCCCAACCAAUUAGAAGUGGGAGUGAAAACAUCCACACCAGGUGUUUGUAAGACAGACAGUCCCACUGUCUGACUGGAGGGUGCUGGGGAUGGGGGUGGAAUGAAAGUCAGGUGGCGAAGAGAAUGGGGAGAGAAAGAAAUAAGUUGUUAUUACAAAUUAAUACCUGUGAAUUUAUUGGUAGACCAUCAGCUCUUCAACAUACUCAGUGGAAUGAAAGGCACACUUAAAAAAAAAAAAAAAACGAGAGAUAGAGUGAUAUGGGCUCCCUUCUGGAGAGCCUCCUUGGAACUGUCCAAGGUCCUGAUGUGAACAGACAGAUGGAGACUCUCAAUGGUUCCAUCUACCCACUUCUUUCCAAAAUCUGAUCGUUCAGAGUAUUCCUUAAUCACAAUAUUUGGAUAGAUAGUUCCUGAAUUCUACAGUAGCUAUGAUAUUUGGGGCCUUUGCCAUGUUUUUAGUGAAACCUUAAUUGCAAUUUUGUUUACAGCUGCCUAUUCUGUUCCCCGUUUCCAGCCCUAAAUUUACAAAAAGAUCAUUGUUUCUAAACCAUGGAAUCCAUGUCGAAUUUCAAGAACAUUUUAACAAAUAAGAAUACUAUUUUCAUUC